UAUAAUUUAUAAGUUGCCUCUCAUAAUGAAAACCGCCCUUAUCUUGUGGUUUUACUUGCUACUACCCUUGUCCCUAUUAAACUUCACUUACACCAUUAACAUUGUUACUUCCCAAUGUCUUGGCCAUCAACAAUCUUUGCUACUCCAUUUGAAGAACAACCUCAUAUUUAGCCCAGCUAAGUCCAAUAAACUAAUUCAUUGGAACCACACUGAUGAUUGUUGCCAAUGGAAAGGUGUAGCUUGCAGCACCAAGGGAAAUGUUAUUGCUCUUGACAUAAGCCAUGAAUUCAUCACUGGAGGAAACUUAACUAGUCUCUUCAAACUGCAAUAUUUGCAGAAUUUGAAUUUGGCUUAUAAUGAGUUCCACUUUGGAAUUAAUUCCGAGUUCAAAAACCUGAAGAAUCUCAGGUAUUUGAAUUUGUCAAAUGCUGGUUUCAUGGGACAAAUUCCAACUAAAAUCUCUCACUUGUCCAACUUGGAAACUCUAGAUUUGUCUACCACAUUCACCUCAUCAUCACAACAUGGUCUAAAACUUGAGAAGCCAAACAUUGUAGAGUUUGUGCAAAACUUUACAAGAAUGAAAGAACUGUAUCUAGAUGGUGUUGCAAUUUCAGCCAAAGGAGAGGAGUGGUGCCAUGCUGUGUCUUCCCUACAAAGUUUACAAGUUUUGAGUAUGUCCUCUUCCAAUCUCUCUGGCCCUCUUGAUCCUUCAUUGACAAAGCUUCAAUCUCUCUCAGUACUUCAACUAGACCAUAACAAUUUGUCAAGCCCAGUUCCUGAUUACUUUGGGAAUUUGUCUGGCUUAAACACAUUGCAGCUCAGAAGUUGCGGAUUGAGUGGAAUUUUUCCAAAAAAUAUCUUGCGACUACCGUCACUUCAAGUUCUUGAUGUGUCUGAUAAUCAAGGUCUUCAUGGUUCCUUACCGAACUUCCCAAAUCAAGCAUCUCUCAGUCACUUGAAUCUUAGCCACACAAAUUUCUCAGGUCCUAUACCAGAUACUAUUGGCAAUUUGAAACAUUUUUCUACACUAGAUUUGUCCAAUUGCCAAUUCAAUGGGACACUUCCCAAUUCAAUCUCAAAUCUUGCCCAACUUGUUUAUCUUGAUUUGUCAUUCAAUAAUCUUACUGGUCCACUUCCAUCUUUCAAUAGAUCAAAGGCCUUGAAAACUUUGUAUCUUAAUCAUAAUUAUCUGAAUGGUACACUUCCAUCCACCCAUUUUGAAGGCCUUACAAAUCUUGUGAGCAUUAAUUUAGAAGUUAACUCUCUACAUGGAAGAUUCCCUUCAUCUUUGUUUUCACUUCCAUCCCUACAACUUCUCUUUCUUGCUAACAAUAGAUUUGAUGGCCAACUUGAUGAGUUCCCAAAUGGUUCCUCUUCCUCAAUAGAGAUGCUUGAUUUAAGUGAUAACAAUUUUCAAGGGCAUAUUCCUAUGUCUAUCUUUCAACUGAAAAGGCUCAAUUUACUUCAACUUUCCACAAACAAGUUCAAUGGCACCAUAAAAUUGAGUAUGAUUCGUCAAAGGCUACAAAAUUUGGCAACACUUGAUCUC